AAUGCUUUCAAGGAGCCUCCAUCAUCGCCAACGCAUUUCCAAGAUGGCGUCUCUGCAGAGGAAAACGAGGCGCAGGACAAAGUGGAGCAUCUGGCCAGAAUGCCAAAAACCAGAAGGAUCUUUGUAAAGCCAGCUACAUCCUCAAUGCAUUUCCAAGAUGGCAUCUGUGCAGCGGAAGAUGAGGCGCAGGACAAACUGGAGUGUCCAGAGAAUGCUUUCAAGGAGCCUCCAUCAUCGCCGACGCAUUUCCAAGAUGGCAUCUGUGCAGCGGAAGAUGAGGCGCAGGACAAACUGGAGUGUCUAGAGAAUGCUUUCGAGGAGCCUCCAUCAUCACCGACGCAUUUCCAAGAUGGCGAUGGCGUCUUUGCAGCGGAAAACGAGGCGCAGGACAAAGUGGAGCAUCUGGCCAGAAUGCCAAAAACCAGAAGGAUCUUUGUAAGGCCAGCUACAUCCUCAAUGGAUUUUACUAAGGUGAACUUUGAACCUUCGAUAAUAGGAAAUUCGAACGAAAAGGGACCUAAGAUGCCAGAAGGAGCUUCGCUUGAGGAGCGCAGUUCUCAAAUGCGUGCCGCUUUUUAUGAGCAACUGCGCUCUUCCUCAGGAAUGAAAAUUCUGCAUCGCAUUUGCCAGGGGAUGCCGGGCUAUGACCUUGAGGUGGGGACAGAAAUGGCAGACAUUUUGGCACUAAAUCACUUGCGUCUUGUGACGGAACAUUAUUUCGACACUUGCGACAAGCAUUGUGACAACCUGAUGUACACCAUACUUUCUUCGCCCAAGUGCAACCUGGACAUUGCGUUCCAAUAUUUAAUCUACUCAGCGAACGAACGCUUCAGCCUGUGUCAGGAGUCAGACGAACAGGUGAAGACGGGGGCUUUCCCUGCUGACCCUCUCUGCGAAGACACAAAUUCAUCUGCGUCUUUGUGGGUCAUCCGUGGGAUUGGUUCCUGUUACUAAGGCCAGG